AUGGCCUCAACUCUGGUGAAGUCGCAACGUUCCUUAUCGCAAGCGAAGGGCCAAAAGGUACCAGGAUCGUCCGUGGGCGCCCCUGCGCAGCGAAACCAGAGCAGCCGGAAGGGUAAGCGUGCAUGGCGGAAGAAUGUCGACCUCGAAGAGGUCGAGGAGGGCUUGGAGGAAGCGAGGGCGGAAGAAAGAGUUGCAGGAGGAAUUGUUAAGGACAAGACAAACGACCAGCUGUUCUUGAUCGAUGUCAAGGGCGAUGAACGAGUCCGAAAAUCCCUGCCGAGGUUCUCCACCUCCCUCCUCACCUCCGCCAAGAUCCUCGCACAGCGCUCCGCCUUUCCUGCCGUCUUUUCACGCACCACGACCACGGUCGCUGCGGGCGUGAAACGAAAAUUGACACACGAGGAGAAGGGGCGUUUGUUGCGAAUGGGCAAACGUGUCAGGCGGGGACCGUUCAACGCCAUGAUAGACCCAACGGAGUUUGGCAGCGGGAGUGCGAUGCUCGAGGUCAGCGAAGCAGCGCGGAAGAGCGGCGGAUACGAUGUCUGGGAUGAAGAGCUGGCAGAGGGAACGAAGGUGAAACAUCCCAAUACACCUCACCCACGCUCACACAUCACUCUCUCCGCCGUACCGACACCUCAUGAGGGUACCUCGUACAACCCCCUCGUCACCUCGCACCAAGAGCUUUUGCGCACUGCACACGAGAUCGAGGAGCGUCGACUCAAGGACGCAGAAGCGCUCGAAGCGGCAAAAGCGAAGGUACUGGGGGGCCUUGUUGAAGCGGGCGCAGACGCAGAGGACGUCGCGCCAGGAAUGACGGUGGACGAGCACGCCGAGGAACAUAGCGACCAGGACGGCUCAGAAGCCGAGCCACGUCUACCGGCGAAGAUGCCUCGGCGGAAGACGAAGCAGGAGAGGAGGAAGGCGGAGAGGCGGCUUGCAGAGCAACGUGCGCUCACAGAAAAGGCGGCAAAAAAGCGGAUGCUAACAUCAAUCGACUCCGCCAAGGCCCUGCGCAAAGCGAUGGGCCGCAAACUCGCGACGCGGCAGCGCCUGCGUGAGCAGCGUCAGGCGGCGCUACGCGAGAAGCUCGCAAAAGGUCUUGGGGGCCAGAAGCUCGGGAAGCACAAGGUCCCCGAAGGGAACGUCGAUGUUCAGCUGGGCGAGGAUCUGACCGAGAGCCUGAGAGCAUUGAAGCCUGAGGGCAACCUGUUCCGCGACCGAUUUUUGAGCAUGCAACAUCGUGCACUCAUCGAGCCGCGCGUUCCGGUGCUACCCAAGAAACGCAAGAUAAAGGUGAAGGAGUAUGAGAAGCAUGCCUUCAAGCGGUUCGACAGAGAACACUGA